AUGAUUGUCUUGAACUCUAGUGAAUUGGUUGGUCCAUUGUCACCAGCAGUUGGUAAUCUUAGUUUCCUCAGGGUACUCUGGCUCAGCAGAAACAGUUUCACUGGCCAAAUCCCUGGAGAGAUAGGAAAGCUAUCGAGAUUACGGAGGUUGAACAUAGCAAACAAUUCAUUUUCUGGUGAAAUACCAACAAACAUAUCGCGGUGCUCCAAUCUCAAUUAUAUUCAUUUAGGUGAUAAUCAAUUACAUGGAAAGAUACCUGAUAUUUUUGGUGGACUAAGAAAUUUGGUGUUUCUUGAUUUUGCUUUGAAUUAUCUGUCUGGCGGAAAUAUUCCCAUAGAGAUUUUACAGCUUGAAAACCUGCAAGUACUUGGUCUUGAGAAAAAUAAUUUUACUGGUAUGACUCCUGAGUCUAUUGGACAACAAAGGAAACUUAGAAGGUUAUACUUUGACCACAACAGAUUUUCAGGUGAGAUUCCACAUUCUCUUGGAAACUUGACGAGGUUGAUUGAACUAGAUUUGGGAUCAAACAAGUUGCAAGGUACUGUGCCUUCAAGUCUUGGAAGCUGCAAGUUCUUAUCACGUUUGUAUCUGAAUGGAAAUCAACUUAGUGGUCUUAUACCGAAAGAACUGUUUGAGCUCUCCCUUAUAGAGUUUGAUCUCUCAAACAACCACUUGACAGGGCAUUUUCCUGUAGGGAUUGGCUCUGGAAACUUGACUAGAUUGAUAAACUUGAUCUACAUGAACCAUUCAUAUAAGAAUUUAUCAGGGAGGAUCCCAAAGUUUCUGGAUGAACUUGUCACCUUGCAGUUCUUAAGUUUGUCUUAUAAUGAUUUGGAGGAUGAGGUACCUUAG